AUGGAAAAUGGAAACAAAAUUAUACUUCCACAGACUGCUCUAAAUGCCCUAGCUAGGAGGCACAUUUCAUGGCCAAUGUUGUUCGAAGUUUCUAACCCGUACACGGAGAAACGCACACACAGUGGGGUUCUGGAGUUUAUUUCAGACGAGGGGACGUGCCACAUGCCAUACUGGAUGAUGCAGCAGUUGUGCCUGAAAGAAGGAGACAUCGUGCGAGUCACCAGCGUUAGCCUACCCAAAGGCACAUUUGUUAAACUGAAGCCGUGUUCGACGGAUUUUAUGGAACUCUCCAACCACAGAGCUGUCCUUGAAACAGCCCUGCGGAAUUACGCCACCCUCACCAUUGGCGACAAUAUCGUAAUUCACUACUUGGGAAAGACAUACGAGAUAAAGAUUGUGGAUUUGAAACCCGCCUUCGCUUGCACUAUUAUCGAAACGGACGUCGAGGUUGAAUUUGAAGAGCCAGUGGACUACGCCCAAAGUGUGCAAUAUGUAGAGGAGCCCGUGCCCGAGGAAGAAAGCAAAUUCAAGGGAAAGGGACAAAGGACGGAUGGAAAAGUCUGUAAAACCAGUAAGAAGGAUAAAGUCAAGCAGAAGGUUGUUGAGAAUACUGAGCCGUGGAAGGAUAAGCUAGUUGGAGGAGUCAGGACCAAAUGUGCCGAGUAUGAAGAUCUGCUAAGGAAGGGUCGUAUCCCUGGAAUAAUCGGAAAAUUUCAAGAACGAAAAAACUAA